ACAAGUUCGCUUAAAAGAAAAUACAGAUGGAGAAGUCUAGUCUGCUCGCUGUGACACAGAGAGUCCCCUUAAGCCUACGUGACAACUCGCAUACUGUCCCUUUGUGACCAGUUUAUCGGCAGAAUGCCCGGUCUAUGCGUGCUUUGUCUCACUGCCGUGCUCGCUGCAUUCACCCGGUUCGCGGAGACCGUGGGGCCGGUGGUCCGAUGUGAGCCGUGUGACGCCGGGGCUCUCAUGCAGUGCAAGCCGCUGCCAAAAGACUGCGCAGAGAUAGUGCGGGAGCCCGGCUGCGGGUGCUGUCUGUCGUGCGCCCUUGCUGAGGGUCAGGCGUGUGGAGUGUACACUGGGCGCUGUGGCUCCGGGCUGACUUGUCAGUACCAACCGGGGGAGACCCGACCACUGCAAGCCUUGCUAGAGGGACGGGGAGCUUGCUCCAGCGCCGCGUCCAAAAAACUCAGCACCAUUCUGCUCCCCGCGCAGAAACAAGAGAACACAAGCGGGGAGCAGGCCUGGGCGGGGGAUGAACGGCUUGCCAACGGCACCGUGAUGACGAACACGACGGUGGUGGUGGGCGCGGUAGGUGUGGAAGGCGGAGGUGGUGGACACUGGGGGGCGAUAGAGGCCAAACCGCCGCUGCACACCAAGCUGGACGUGAUCAAGAAGGAGCAGAAUAAGAAGAGGUGGAGCUACAAGGUGGAGUCAGUGUCUGGUGGAGUCAACACCCACAUGCACAACUUCUCCCUGGAGAACAAGAGGGAGACCGAGUAUGGCCCGUGCAGGAGAGAGAUGGAAAGCAUCCUGAACAGUCUUAAAAUCUCCAAUGUGCUCAACCCCAGAGGCUUCCGCAUCCCCAACUGCGACAAAAAGGGCUUCUACAAGAAAAAACAAUGCCGUCCUUCAAAAGGGAGGAAGAGGGGUUACUGCUGGUGUGUGGAUAAGUACGGUCAGCCUCUCCCUGGCUAUGAUGGAAAGGAGAGAGGAGAAGCCCAGUGUUACAACCUAGAGAACAAAUGAGAGGCAGAGAGAGGAUGGAGUGAUGGCGAGAAAGAAUGAGGGAAGAAGGAGAGAGGAAUGGGAGAGAGAGAUACUUUUUUUUUACUCCUGCCAUGCACGUAACUGUCGAAAGAGUGCCGGACCUUUGACCUCAGGUCACAAGACUGCCGGG